AAUCAAACGGUCCAAACUCCAAAAUCCAAACCCACAAUCCGCCCGCAACCCCUCGUCCUCGGACCCAUAUGGGGAACGCGCGGCGGCGGGCCUCGCCGGCGUCGGACCUGGAGGUGGGCUUCGCGAAGCUGCAGGGCGAGGGCUUCGAGUACUACAUGCAGACCUACUCCAUCAUCCUCGGUCGCCACAGCCGCCGCAAGGACCCCACCGCCCCGCCGCCGGAGGACGACGGCGUGGACGUGGACCUCGGCGCCCUCGGCGGCGGCAUGAACGUCUCCCGCCGCCACGCGCGCAUCUUCUACGACUUCGCGCGCCGCCGCUUCGCGCUCGAGGUGCUCGGCAAGAACGGCUGCCUCGUCGAGGGCGUGCACCACGUGCCCGGGGGCACGCCCGUGAAGCUCGACUCCCAGGACCUCCUUCAGAUGGGGGACGCGCAGUUCUACUUCCUCCUCCCCUCUCGCUCCGUCUUUGAUGACGGUACCGCGCGCUGCGCCACCGUUUCUCGCGCGGUGCUCCCGCCGCCUCCUUCUGAUGACGACGACGAGGGUGAGGAGGAGGCGGAAGACGGUGCGGAUGAACAAGAAGAGGCCGUUGUGUCGGCCAAGCGUUCGAGGAACGGGAACAGCGCUAGAAGGUCAGAUGCAGCAGGAUCAAAAGCUUACAGGGAAGCAGAUAAUCAACUAUUGCUGCAGUUGGAAGAGAAAGAUGUCAUCUCAUCAGCUGCUACUGUAUUAUCUGAUCUCUGUGGACCUCAAGAAUGGGUUUCUGUGAACAAUCUUCAUGAAGUGAUGUUUGAGAAGUAUGGCAAUAUAUGGCACCACAGCAGGGUGCGAAAAUAUUUGACAUCAGAUGACUUGCCUGAGAGCGAAACUGAUGGUAGGCCAUGGCAUGGACUUUCAUUGCUACUAAGAAAGUAUCCUGAGCACUUUGUGAUCAACAUCAGGAAAGCAGGGGGUCAGAGCGCUGAGUUCGUCUCUUUGGUUUCACUGCAACCUUGAGAAGUUCCCAAACAUUUCUCCAAGGGUGUUGUACAGCUUGGAGUAUCCUUUUCGCUACUUUUGUAAACAGUAAAUUUAGAUAUAGAGUAGAAAGGGAUUUGUCUGUAGGUUCUGUUUUCCAUUUCGUUCAUGUUUUUAGUAGAUAACUCCAUUUGGAGAAAAAUCCACCUUUGCACAUUGGCAAAACGCAGAGCUUGGAGUCUGGCCUGGUGGUCCUGGCUGAGAUCGAGGGUGUUUUGCUGCUUUGGCACCCAAGUUGUUGUUGGAGUGCCUUAUGGCUAUCCAAAGCUGUUUACUUUCUGCAUUUUGAUUUGCCAAGCAUUCUGAACUUAUGCAGUUGACCUAUAUUCGACGUAAGCACUAAGUCUGUUUAUGUUCAGAUUGUGGAAAAGUAAUUUGAAUGGUGAAGAUAUUGUUAUAUUUU